AUGGCGACACCGUGGCCUCAGCAGCCCGCAUGGCCAACACCAUUCCGCGAGCACGCUACACGACUCAGCACCUACCUUCAGGACGCGCUGACCUGCAUCGAUCGCACUCAAAGCCAGCCCGUACCGGCAGACCUUGUCAAGAUCAUUAUCCAUGGCACCCUGACAUUCAUACUGAAAGUGCAACACGCCCCCGACCUCAGCACGGUAUGCGACGCGCUUAGCAUCCUGCAAACCGAGGCCAAAGCGACCUCGGACAACACCGCGCGAAUGCUCGACGCCGUCAAACAAGAACUUAAGACCGAACUUAAAAAUACAACCGACACUGUCCACACAAUCGCUGCAAACGUACAACUGAACAUAAGAGCUGGAGAGGAAGCAAAGACAGCAGCCAAGGAGGCGGCAGAGGUGGCGCGCUCAGCUAUGCUGCGAUGGCAGCGAGGGGCGCGACGCUAG